AAAGAGAUGAAAAGAGAAAGAGAGGAACUACUACCCAGUGACUUUAAGUCCAGCUAUAAAUAGAGAUUUGGGGGCGGAGAAGUAGAGGUAUAGCCAGUCGGUUGAGCUCUUGUUAAGGCUCCAAGCGCAUCUGAAAUCUCCAUUACAACUAAGUUCCUUUUGCUUUCAAGUCACUCUUUAUUGUAUGGCAGCCAAUUCGCAGAGCCGAGGGAUCGCAAGCUUAGGGAAGCGAUUCGUCAACCAGAUCUCCAACGGGAGCCUCCGCGAUCCCGCUCGAGUUUCUUCCUCCCAAGCCUCUGCUCUCAGCAGGGGAGUGCAUGUCUCUUCCUACGACAAGGAGAUUGAUGAUCAGGUGCGUCCAAGCGUGGUACCGGACCAUUUGAUCCAGCCCGCUUCGGAGAAGUACUGGGCACCGCAUCCACAGACUGGGGUCUUCAGCCCCCCGGAGCACUUCAGUGCUGCCGGAGGGGAUCGUGGCUUCCAUUCGCCACCAUCGAACGGUGAGAGUUCAGUUUUGGAGCAGAAGGCCUGGUUUCGUCCCCUGGAGGACGUUGAGAAGCCCAAACAAUUCUGAAGUACAGCCAAAACUUUUGCUUCUUAGCUUCCAAAGCUUCAAAUCUAGCUAAUAUAUUGAUAAAUAAAUACUUAUUAAUAGUGUAGUAUUCACUAUACUACAGAGAGUACACGUAUGGUAUGUACGUAUCUUCAUCUAUGUCUUUAGCGUAUAUAGAUCAUAUUAUAUGUGAUUUGUGUAGGGAAUGUAAUAUUUCUGUGUGGUUAUGUGCCUUUGCAAGGACUAGCUUGUUUAUGUAUUAUUAUCAAUUAAGGAAUUAUUAUGUAAAUUUAGAUGGAUAUGAUUUCUAGUAAGUUCGGAAGACCUAUGUGGAAA